AUGGUACAAUCUAAGAAGUUCAGAGGUGUCAGGCAGCGACGCUGGGGCUCAUGGGUCUCUGAGAUUCGUCAUCCGUUACUGAAAAGAAGGGUGUGGCUGGGAACUUUUGAGUCGGCUGAAGCGGCAGCUAGAGCAUACGAUGAAGCAGCAGUUUUAAUGUGUGGCCGGAAUGCCAAAACAAACUUCCCUGUGGUCACAGAUAAACAAGGCUAUGACGACAAGUCUUCUUUCUCAUCGUCUCCUGCUCCUUCCACUGCUACUGCUACUACUCGUCUGUCUUCCUUGCUUAGUGCCAAACUUCGCAAGCCUUGCAAAUCUCUAUCUCCUUCUCUUACUUGCCUAAGGCUUGACACUGAGAGUUGCCAUAUUGGAGUAUGGCAAAAGCGUGCAGGGCCACGUUCAGAUUCCAAUUGGGUUACGAUUGUUGAGCUUGGAAAGAAGGGUCAACGAGCUCAGGAGCCUAAAUUUCCAGGGUCGUUGGAGACGCCACAAGUAAUGGUAGGACAAGAAGUCGGUGGUGGUGGUGGUGGUUUAGAUGAGGAGAAGAGGAUUGCAUUGGAGAUGAUAGAGGAACUGCUCAAUAGUAACUGA